AUGGCCUACAUUAACGUUUGGUACAUCAAAGCCAAACUGACUUGGCUUAUCUGGACGAUGCAAGUCUAUUACACCACCGCGCAAUUGUUACUCAAGGAAAUUGGGUUUAACUCGGUGGUUGCCAGUGCGUUUAACGCCUUACCGGACGAGUUGAGGUACUACGCUUAUGCGUUCGGUGUGCCUCACGCGAUUGGCGUUUACUUCAACUUUCUAUCGACUGGCUUUGUGAUGAAGAUGCUGAGGUGA